AUGACUGCCCGAUGCUACAUCCUGGCUGCCUCGGCUGCUCUCUGCGUCGUCACCCUCCUCUGCGCACAUGGAGUCCCAGUGUCUCCCACGGCCGCUCACCUGCUGCUCUGCCAGUCAUAUACAACAUGUGGAGACCAGCUCUAUGACCCCCAACAGCACUGCUGCUAUGACAACGCUGUGGUGCCCUUGAGCAGGACCCAAAAGUGUGGGAACUGCACCUUCAGGGUCUGCUUCGAGCAGUGCUGUCCCGGGUCACUCGGAUCCCCGGAGACCUUCGUGGUCAAAAGGAGAGGCCAGUGUUCCUCGGCCCGGUGUGCGGACGACAGGGUUUGUUCCAGUGUCAGCUGA